AUGGGUUUCAGCCAUGCAACGCAAGGAUUUACCCUCCUUUUAUUAUCCGCGUCUCUGUUAGCAGUUGGUGCGGCCAGGACCAUUGUGAUUGGAGGGUCCGAAAAUUGGGGCUUGGGCCUUGACUAUACUGUUUGGGCUCAUCAAAAUAGGCCUUUUUACAUAAACGACACACUAGUGUUCAAGUAUGAUCCUCCGAGUGAAAAUAGCACUGGUUUUAGUGUCUAUUUAUUACCAGAUUUAAGGAGCUAUGCAAAAUGUGAUUUUAGUAGAGCAAAGCUAUUGGCAAACACAACUCAAGGAAGCGGUGAAGGUUUUGCUUAUGUGCUGAACAAAUGGAGGCCUUACUAUUUUGCUUCUGGUGAAGACAAUGGCACUCAGUGUUAUCCUGGGAUGAUGAAAUUCUUUGCAGCACCAGCUCCACCUCGUCAUUAA